CCUAUCGAUAGGUCCGAUAGACGCCUGGCGAAAACAAAACAAUUAAUUUUUUAGCAAAACAAAUUAAAUUAAAUGUUUUAAGUAGAAUUUAAGAGCGUAUCAGCAUGCAAGUGGAGCACUGGGGCGCGUUGCCCACGGAGGACGAUGGUGUCCAGCUGACGCCGGACAAAUAUGUGCCCACGGCGGCCAAGAAACCCAAGCUGGACGAGAUUCGCUUGCGCGGGGAACUGCAGCCGGAUGAAAAACACCACACGGUGGAACUGCGGAGCGCCCUGGUCACCCAGACCAUCGAGGUGAUGAAGCAAACCGAGGUUCUGCAGUCCCUCAUCGAAACGUACUCCAAUAAAAAUGGAAGUUCGAACUACCUGCUGAAUCCCUGCCUGAUGAUACCAGAAGUGGACUUUCCCCCUGAGAACGCCGCCGAGCUGGUGGGCAGCCAGAAGUUCCAGAAGCCCAUCUGGUUCACGCCCACCGUGGACACGGCGUACUCGCGCGGGGAUCCGCAGUCCUAUCCGGAGAUCUCCGGCUCUGCCUGCCGCCAGGCGGUGCGCAAGGUGAUGUGCGGCAUGCUGCGGCUCGCGGGAUUCACCGACUGCUCGGAGUCGGCGGUGCAGCUGCUGACCGAUGCCACCGAGGAGUUCCUGCGCAGCUUCAUCGGCGAGUAUCGCGGCAAUUACGACACUCAGCCGCGGCUGGAGAAGUCCACGGUGCUGCAGCUGGUUCCCUUGGAGAGCGCCCACACUGCGCUCACGGGCACCUCGCUCACCCAGGUGCACAACUACUACAAGCACAAGGUGCUCGCCCGGAAUCGCGUGGAGAUCGGGGAGUUCAACAGCGUGCUGCAGGAGUACGACAAGCUGAUGAAGGAGAGCCAGAGCAGCCUGCAAAAGCAGCAGCACAACAACGAGUUCAACGGCCACGACUUCCUCAACAUCCUGGACAACAGCGCCACCGGCAGCAGUCAGAGCAUCGGCGGCAACCUGGCCAUGGGCGACAUGCUGCAGGAUCUGGGCGGCGGCAGCACGGGCUCCAGCGGCACCGUCAGCUCCCAGCAGAUGCUCUACGGCCUGCUUGAUGGACAGAUAUCUUCCAAUACCUCCAAUAUGACGGGCACCAGCGGCAAUGGCAGCACAAGUGGGAACGGGAGUGGCACGGUCACCAACUUCCAUGCCACUUUUGAGUCGUAAAUAGGCUAGGAAACUCUCUUACUGAAAUUUAUGAACC